AUGUCGCUGCUAGCUCGCGAGGAGUCUCCCUCCCGAAUCAAAAAGGGAGAGACACUCGAUGGUGGCCAACUCAUCCAAAUCAUCGACUACGAUGGAGACAUCGUGGGAGACAUAGACGCGUGGAUGAAGCGGCAGAACCUCGCCGACGUCGGCUUCAACUACAAUGUGAUCACCAUUCUAGGUUCUCAGUCGAGUGGGAAAAGCUCGCUGAUGAACGCACUCUUCAAGUGCAACUUUCAGGUGAUGGACCACGUCCACGGACAUUCGCAGACGACGAAGGGGAUCUGGCUAGGCCGCGACGGCAUUUCGGCCGCCUCGAACGCGCCGCCGUGUUUGGUUGUCGACGUCGAGGGAAUCGACAGCAGAGAGCGCGGCGAAGAUCGACAAACCUUCGAGCAUCGAAGUGCGCUCUUCGCCCUCGCCCUCACCGACUGCCUCUGCAUCAAUGUGUGGUACCACUCGCUCGGCAACUUCACUGCUUCCGGCUACGGCCUGCUGAAAACCGUCAUGGAAGUGAAUCUCGAACUCUUCGCGCAAGACAAAAACACUCCGCGCACGCUCCUGCUUUUCGCCGUACGAGACUGGGCUGAGGUUAUGACGCCCUUAGAAGUUGUUAAGGAGAAGAUUGCUCGAGAGUAUGUAGAGCGAAUAUGGAACGAAAUCAAAAAGCCGGCUGCGUACGAGAACUCGACGCCCUACGACCUCUUUGAUUUCCAGGUGUUUGGCCUCGCGCACAAAUUCAUGAAUCCCGAGCAGUUCGACCGCGAUGUGGCGGCGCUGAGAGAAAUGUGGCGAACUUCUCUCCGCCCUCCUCGUUACUCCCGGCACGUCCCCGCGGACGGCUUCGCCCGAUACGCAACUUCCAUCUGGGAAGUGAUUAAAGAGCAGGAGCAACUGAACAUUCCGAAUCAGAAGGAGAUGCUGGCUAUUUAUCGCUGUCAAGAAAUAAAAACGUCGGUCUUAUCCAGCCUCGCCGGCGAAGUCUCCGCAACGCAGGCGAAAGUUCAGCAGGGCCAGAUGGACGAGGGCGCAUUCUCUCAGUGGCUGCAGCGGGUGGCUACAGCGGCUCUCGCGGAGUACAUGGAGCAUGCCUCGCGGUACCAGAGCGACGUUUGUCGGCGCGUUAAAGGUGAACUUCUCGAGGGCCUCACAUCAACCGUGCAGCCUGUUGUCGACGGCCUCUUGAGUCGCGCGCGCGACGCCAUCGCAAAUGAUUUUUUGGAGAAACUCACGGCGUCGCUCGCCGGCCGGCUGGUCCUCGACGCGUGGAGCACCUACAACGACUCGUCUGCAGAGCUUCUGCGAGAUGCGCAGCAGCGUUUCCUGGCUGCGGCCAGAGCAUGCAACGCCGACCUCCCAGACGGAUCGCAUAUCGCCUUUUCCACAGAGCUCGUUCUCGACGGCAUGACGCACAUGUUGACGAAGGACAUUGAGACUGUCAGGGACAAGCAGCAGGUCCAACUCGUUGGCCUUCUCCAGACGACGUGCGACGGCAAACUCAUCGGCGUGGCUGACAGUCUCUCUUCAAGAGGCUUUACCCCGCUAAAGUUCUGGGAGAUCUGCCGCUCGAAGGCAGCCUCGGCCGCCGGGGACUGCUUCAGCAUGUUUUUCAACGCUCACCGAGGGCUUUCGUCUCAAGACGGGACAGAAGGCUCGGACGAGUCGAGGAAAGUGGAAUUCGAAAUUCAGUGUCGCGUCCUCGCCCUCACGCAACUCAGGAAACAAAUCGAAAACGUCGUCGCAAACCUCCACGUCCUCAUUCUCGACCGUUUCCAAACGUUCUUCAGCUACGACGAAGAAGACCAACCGCGGCAGUGGGAGUCUCUGUCUCCGGAGCAACUUCAAAAAAUCUUUGUCGAGGCGAAAGAACAAGCUCUAGUGCUCCUUCCUACGUUCACUUGCAUGCGCCUGCAUCCUCUCUCGGUUGCGACGCCGACGUUGGUGCCCGCGUCGGCUCCUCGGGGGCCGGGCGUGCCUUCUUCGCCGUCUUCGGCGUCGGAGUUUUUUGAGACGUCGGUUCUUUCUGAGUCGGAAAAAUGCGAGCUGACUCCUUUUCUUCCGGCGCGUUUCUUCUCGGAUCUCCUGGACGCUCUGCAGACGCAGGCAACGCACCAAAAGACGCUUCGCCAAAUGCAGCAAAUGUGUCGAGACGCCCAGAUGCUCCAGCAGGGCCGAGCCGCUGUCUCCUGGCGAAGUGUCCCUCUGUGGGGUUGGCUGGUACUGCUCGCCCUCGGAUGGAACGAACUCGCGGCUUUGCUCCACUUUGUCACAGGGAACUGGAUCCUUCUUCCCUUCUUUCUUCUGACGGUCGUCGCGGUCGCGGCCGCAGUCUUCACCGGAAACGUCGGAGUGGUGCUCGCCAGUUUUAAUCACUUUGUCCUCCUCGCGAAAACCGUCGCCGUUCCCGUCGCCAAACAAAUCCUCAUCAAGGCUCUGAACGCUGUGGAGCCGCAACCCGCGGCCGCGCGGCCAGCGCGCUCAGCGCGCGAAAUCUCUGCGAGUGCCCUCGGAGGCGCAAAAGCGCCUGAGACGAUUUCGAGGUAA